GGGUUUAAAAAUUUCACAUACUUUAUUUUACCAAUUUUCAAAAAUGUGUAAACAUCCUUAUAACAAAAAUCUUUUGGAUACUUUGAAAAUAGCCAGUCUUAGAUCACACUUGUAGGCUAUUGCCCAGUAUCUUUUAUUCUUAACCGAAGGUGGCUAUGAUACUAUUGAAGUACACGGUGACCUAUUGCUUAAAUAUAUCUCUUCUCGAAGAACGGUACAUGGGAGAGACACAGGCCAGUUCAUAAGAGUGGGAAGCAUGAAAAAAAUUCGAAAUGCAAUGAUAUUCCUUAGAAAGAUUUGGGCUAUCAAGUCAAAGAUGUUACUGACCGGAAAGUUGGAGAUCAAAAAUUCGAUCAAUUGAAGGUUAUGCCAAAUUCAGAAUUAAUAGAGCAACACAUCAAAUCUUGUGAGCUAGGUGAAGAAGUUGCUAUAAAAGAUGAUAUUAACGACUAUUCCGAUCUUAUUGAUAUUUUAGUCUUCAUUCCUAAGGAAAUGAAGGAAAUGUUUAUAAAGCUUCACCAGCAGUCAACACGGCGGUCUUCGAAUCCUUAUGAAUUACAUAAUAACAUGAACUCAAUAAUUGAAAUAUUAUUAGGUGAAUAUCUUCUUAUUAGAGGAAUGGAUAAAAGGGUAUUAAGCUUCCGGGACAUUAAAUAUGAUAAAGGCAAGUUAAACCAGCCAGAUGUGUUAAAGUUUAGGUUGACCGAGUCAAAGGCACAAUCGUCUUCUGUCGUCUUCUCAAAAAUACUCUCAAAUAUCUUGCGCUAGACAUAAAGAUCCAUUGGUUUGUCUAGUUGGUGCUAUUGCAAUGAAUUAUUGGUUCAGACUUGAAUUCAAUGACGAGCUCUUACAAGGAACAGUGAGGCCAGAUUUUACAAAUCCUCAUUCGUACUAUCCCAUCAAGUUACUUUAUUCUCUGCAGUCUAGACAAACGAACCAGAUUAGUCCCACUCAUGAGAUCAAGUUGAAUGAGGAUGCAUUGUCGCUAAUUUGUAAGACUUCUAAAAUCAAGUCUCAUUUAGGGCGUCAUCAAGGGUCCCGUAAAGCAGAUAGAGCUAAUGUUCCUGAGCUUCAGAUAGAAAGACAACGUGGAUGGUCAACUAGAACGAUUUCGGCAAAUUAUUUAGAACGGUCGUCCUCACAGUUCAUUAAAGCAAUGGCUGGGUUCGA